AUGGAAUUAGCUGGAGGAGAUGAUCAUAAUCAUAAUCAUCAUCAUCAGAUCAGCAGAAGGAGCAGAGGAAACAGUAGUAGUAAUAAUAAUAAUGUUGCUGUUUACAAAGAAUGUUUGCGAAACCACGCCGCCAGUCUGGGCAGCUACGCCACCGAUGGGUGCGGCGAGUUCACACCGGAAGAUAUGACGAACAACAACCUGCAAUGCGCCGCCUGCGGGUGUCAUCGCAAUUUCCAUAGAAAAUUAGUACUGUUGGAAAGCCAGCAACAACAUGUGUCUGAAUCCCCGUCGGCGGCUGCGGCGGCGGAAAUGUCGGACAGAAGCGGCGGCAGCAGCGGGAAGAAGCGGGUGAGGACAAAAUUCAGUGAAGAGCAAAAAGAGAAAAUGUUGGAAUUGGCGGAGAAAGUUGGAUGGAAGAUGCAGAGGAGGAAUGAAAUUAAUAAUAAUGUGGAUGAGAUCGAGCAAUUCUGUAAAGAAGUUGGAAUCACGAGACAGGUAUUUAAGGUAUGGAUGCAUAAUCACAAGAAUUCUAAUUCUAAUUCUUCCUCUUCUUCUGCUACCAGCUCCUCCGUCGCCGCCACCUCUCUCCGCAUCUGCACUGCUAAUCACCCCACCGCCGAUCAUCAAUUUAUAUAGUUCUACCCUCUAGCUAAUU